AUGGACGCGACAGGACAGACGGCCGAGCAGACGCCGCAACUUACCAUCAUCGAACAGAUCCGGCGCCAUGCAAUCUCCGGCGCCGUCUGCGGCUCCGUCGUCAACUUCGUCGAGGGCGCCUUGAACUCGCCGAGUGGGAGACGCCUCUCCGGCGGAUCUCUGGCCGUCCCCAAGAACGCGCUCAGAAUCGGCAGUUUUGUGGCCUGGUUUGGCGUCGUCAAAUCGAUUAGGUUGGCCGUGGCACCGGAUUACCCCUUUGAAACCACGGUCGCCUGGGGCGUCACCGACGCCCUCUUCUCCAUGCGUCACGGGCUGCGCGCGGCCGGCCGCUCCGGGAUCAGAGGUGCGGCCCUCGGCGUGCUCGUCGACAUGGCCGAACAUAGCUAUAAACGCCCCGGUGCCUCACAUCCACCGGCGGCAGAUGAUUGCUGCAGCACCCCUGAGUCGCCUGCUUGCCCGGCGGGAUUCCCGCCGCUGCCACACGUCGUGUUUGAUUCCUGUUAGUUUGUGUUUACUUUUUUGUUGUUGCGGGUAAGUUUGUUUUUACUUUGCA